CACGUUUAGAUGAAUUAACUGCACGCACAGGACCGGGACUGUCAUUUGGACUCAAUUUACUGGCGGCGCCGCGCGUGGUUCAUCUUUAUCUGAUGCUGCGUAAAAGUUGACCGUGGAAACCGCUGCACGCGCUCGGAAGAAGUCGCACCAGAGGAUACCGCUCUAUGUGAUAUUGCUGCCACUACAUAAACUAUAUUGAGCACUUGGGCUUGUUUAUACGAGGAGGCAAGUUACUGUUGAUCCGCACAGACCUGCUGACCAGAUGGAUGCGCAAUGAUGGAUUAAUCGCUUUUCGAUGCAACUUUUCAGCGCGGUGCCCUGAUAAACUUCUCCUGAGGAUUUUACACCAGCGACCUUUACCUGAAUUAUCCUCUCAAGAUGUCAUCGGAGUAUUUGAUAAGGUCGCUGCUUAUGCUCUUUCUUGCACUCUUCUCCGCCAAUGCGAGCAACUGGCUAUACCUGGCAAAGCUGUCAUCAGUGGGGAGCAUCUCGGAUGAAGAAACCUGUGAGAAGCUCAGAGGACUCAUCCAGAGGCAGGUUCAGAUCUGCAAGCGUAAUGUGGAGGUGAUGGAUGCGGUCCGCAGGGGCGCUCAGCUCGCCAUCGACGAGUGCCAGUUUCAGUUCCGCAACCGACGCUGGAACUGCUCGACGCUAGAGAGUGUUCCUGUGUUUGGCAAAGUGGUCACACAAGGUACACGGGAAGCUGCAUUUGUGUACGCUUUAUCUGCUGCUAGCGUAGCCUUUGCAGUGACCAGAGCCUGCAGCAGCGGGGAGCUGGACAAGUGUGGCUGCGACCGCAAUGUGCACGGUGUCAGUCCAGAAGUCCCUAAACUCACCUCAGAGGACAAGAGGAGUGGAUGUGUCUGCAGAGAAAGGCAUAAGUUCACCAAAGUUCUGGAAGAAUGA